GGAAGUUCAGCGCGGAAGAAAUGUUACCAGACUUCGCCGAUCUGGUAUCUGGACUUUUUUGAUGAUCUCAUAGAGAUUGGGUGUGCAGAUGGGCGGUUAAAGUUCUGGUAGGGAACGACUGGUAACUUUAAGGUCAAUUGUUUGGAGUCAUUUGUUUUUUAUUACAACUAUCGACGGACGUUUCAUUGCAGGAUAUAUAUAAAACCGAAAACACCCACAACAAUGGGGUAACUAACAUAAAUCUCGCCGGUGACAAAGUGAUAGUCGCACGGUUGAGUGAACGAAUCGAUUUUCUGAGACUGGAAACGUACACACACGUAAGGUUGUCAGAUCGAUUGGGGAUUUACGUCUGCAUAUGAGCGAACCCACGUACGCAGCGGUUCGGCAGGAAGCAUUAGUUUAUUUCGGCAAUCCGCCGGCUCAAAUCCGUCCACAGCGUUGUCAGCUCAACAUCACGCAUCCGAGGAGGAGCUUCGAUGUAUCCUGGAGUUUCACCAGCAGGGUCACCGGCGACAUGUUUGGAAGUGGCAGGCGGUACAACCAUUACUGGCAGCCAGGGCCACACUGUUAACGUGUUCCGGCUCGAUAGCCACCUAUUGCAGUUCACCCUAAAAGGCCAUUGCGGUCCUAUCACAUGUAUUUUCAUAGACCAGUGGCGGGCCGAGAUGGGCGCAUCUGGUUGCCAGGAUGGUGUGCUAUGUGUGUGGGACUUGAUACGGGGUGCCUGUAUGUACAAAAUUGAAGCCCAUGACGACUCAAUCGUCGCACUUGCGUGUUCCCCGAGUUACGCAAUAUCGUUCGGACUGAACGAACGAAUACGGUUCUGGGAUAGAUUUCAGGGUCAGCCGCUCAACACCAUGACCGUCAGUCAUGCAUAUUCAUCGCUUGUGACGCUGACGCCGUCCCUUCUCGUGACUGGAAAGUUGGGUUCACUAGUCGUAUGGGACGACAAUACUAAAGAUGUAACUCGGGAAGUCAGGCUUGACUGUUCCAAUUCACAGCUAAGUCCGAAUAUUAUGCUACCUGACAAUGGUUUGGUAAUUUGUGACUACGGAAAUCAAAUGAGAAUCGUUCGUUUCCCUCUUGUUGCGUCGGAAAAGUGGUUCGGUCGGGGGAAUCGUAAUCGACCAGCUAACGAAAACAAAUGUACAGCAGCAGCUUCUGAACGAAGCCAUUGCUAG